AUGCCUUUCCUAGUCACUUUUGGUAAUACAGUUGCAAAACCAACAUUUUUCUUCCCAACUGUACUCAUUUAUCUUCUACUCAUUUUCUCCAACUAUUGGACCUUCACAUCUGCACAGACCGAAACCACGGGCAUCGGGGCAAUCAUCGACGAUAGUACCCGUAUCGGCAAAGAAGUGAAAACAGCGAUGAAAGUAGCUGCUCAGAACUUCAACAGCUCCUCUGUGUAUCACAAGGUAUCUCUUCAUUUUCACAAUUCCGAGGGAAAUCCCAUCCGAGCUCUUUAUGCAGAGUUUGAAUUCGAGGAAGAGGUUGAUGAGGGUGUUGAGGGUCUGAAUUCGAUGGGAGUGGUUCAGGAGCAACAAGGAGGUUGGGCUCCUUACUCCCAAGUUGAUUUCCUGCUAGAUUGGAUUGGGCUAGGCUGA